CCCGCUCUCGCUCUCUGGCUGCGAGUGUGGAUGAGUGGGAGCCCGGAGCUGUGCGCGCACGCUCGGCUCCCGGCCUCCUCUGCCCCCCGCACCUCGCCCCUGCCUCCGCCCCGGCUUCUACCUUCUCCGGUCCCGUGCCCCAGCCCGGAUCGGAUCGGACCGCGCCUCGCCGCCGGUGCCCUUCACUCGUCUUCCGCGUGAUUUCCCCCGCAGCCCGCCUCCACCAACUGGGAAUGCUAAACCGGGACUGAUGGACGUGUCCGAACUCUGCAUCCCGGACCCCCUCGGCUACCACAACCAGCUGCUCAACCGGAUGUCCGCAGACGACCGGCUCCUGGGCUCCAGUUGCAGCUCUUUCAUCAAGACGGAGCCGUCCAGUCCGUCCUCGGGCAUUGAUGCCCUCAGCCACCACAGCCCCAGCGGCUCGUCCGACGCCAGCGGUGGGUUUGGCAUGGCCCUAGGCACUCACGCCAAUGGUCUGGACUCGCCACCCAUGUUCGCAGGUGCAGGGCUGGGAGGCCCUGCCUGCCGCAAGGGCUACGAGGACUGUGCCAGCGGCAUCAUGGAGGACUCGGCCAUCAAGUGCGAGUACAUGCUCAACGCCAUCCCCAAGCGCCUGUGUCUCGUGUGCGGGGACAUUGCCUCCGGCUACCACUACGGCGUGGCCUCCUGCGAGGCUUGCAAGGCCUUCUUCAAGAGAACCAUCCAAGGAAACAUCGAGUACAGCUGCCCGGCCACCAACGAGUGCGAGAUCACCAAACGGAGGCGCAAGUCCUGCCAGGCCUGCCGCUUCAUGAAGUGUCUGAAAGUGGGGAUGCUGAAGGAGGGUGUGCGUCUUGACCGUGUGCGUGGAGGCCGUCAGAAAUACAAGCGGCGACUGGACUCGGAGAGCAGCUCAUAUCUGAACUUACAAAUUUCUCCACCUGCUAAAAAGCCAUUGACCAAGAUUGUCUCAUACCUACUGGUGGCUGAGCCAGACAAACUGUAUGCCAUGCCUCCCCCCGAAAUGCCUGAGGGGGACAUCAAGUCCCUGACGACUCUCUGUGACCUGGCAGAUCGGGAGCUUGUGGUCAUCAUUGGCUGGGCCAAGAACAUCCCAGGCUUCUCAAGUCUCUCACUUGGGGACCAGAUGAGCCUGCUUCAGAGCGCCUGGAUGGAGAUCCUCAUCCUGGGCAUCGUGUACCGCUCCCUGCCCUAUGACGACAAACUAGUGUAUGCGGAGGACUACAUCAUGGAUGAGGAGCACUCCCGCCUGGUGGGGCUGCUGGAGCUCUACCAGGCCAUCCUGCAGCUGGUGCGCAGAUACAAGAAGCUGAAGGUGGAGAAGGAGGAGUUUGUGACCCUCAAGGCCCUGGCCCUGGCAAACUCAGAUUCCAUGUACAUCGAGGACCUGGAGGCAGUGCAGAAGCUGCAGGACCUGCUCCAUGAGGCGCUGCAGGACUAUGAGCUGAGCCAGCGCCACGAGGAGCCACGGAGGACGGGCAAGCUGCUGCUGACGCUGCCCCUGCUGCGGCAGACGGCCGCCAAGGCCGUGCAGCACUUCUACAGCAUCAAGCUGCAGGGCAAGGUGCCCAUGCACAAACUCUUCUUGGAGAUGCUGGAGGCCAAGGUCUGAUGGCCCCGCAUAUGGACCGAGAGACGGAUGGACCUACUCGGAGACCUCCACAGCACCAGCCUCGUCCUCUGACCCCUACAUCAUGACUCUGUGCUGUCCCAGAGAAAGGGGUUUCCUGCUUCCGGCCGUGUGUGAAGACUCCCUAUGGGCACUGGGGACAGGGGACAGGGAUAGGAGGGCAGGGGCCCAGGCUCACCUGCAAUCUGUCAUGGGCUAUUUCUUUGGUAUGUAUUUCCUUCUCUGUGGGUAGCACUGAAGCCUAGGUCAGGGCUGACUCCCCUUGGGACUGGAGUCCACUGAAGGAAGCACCCCUACCCCGCCAAGCCACUAAGAGGCAGCAUGUCCAUUGCCUGGGCCUUCCUUGUCCACAGCCUAGGUGGGAAGCACUCAGCAUCCAGAACUCUGGCAGCUCAGGUUGGGAACCACUAAGGUACUCUCAAAGAGGGCAGGUCCUUGGAGCAUCUUCCUGCAGAGUCUGCCUGCUCUGAUCUCUUUGGGGCCCUCUAGGGGCCUCCACACCUCCACCGUCCAGAUGCCUCUCUGCCUCCCUCCCUCCUUCCUCCCAACCAGGAGCAAUCACUGGAGUUUCCUGGGCACCAUUCUGUUCUCUCAGCUACCAGCCAUUACAGUCCUGUGCCCCUCCUCACUCCCCCCACCCCCAGCACCCCGUGGCUACUUCCUUCCCCUACCUCAGAGCUCAGAGAUGACUUCAGGGUCUGUUGGUGGGAACAGGCUGCCUCAGAAGAGCAGGGUCCAGGCCUCGCCCUGUGCUUUCUCUCCACCUCCUCCACAGGGCCUGGCCCCAUCCAGGAUACCCUGGCUUUGGCAGACGGCUGACGGUGCUGGGAGGGACGUGGGAGGGUGGGGAGAGGCCCCAAGCUUUCUUUGUCAAGCACAGGAAGGUCACGAGCAGAAAUAAGGUACAGGGUAAGCCUCAGAGAGGGACUUGGGACUUCCAGCCUGCCUGGUCCCUGCUGGCAGUUGACACAAAUGCCCUUCCGCUGCGUCCCAAUGGACAAGCAGAUGGUACCCCCAGAGGGCGGCUUCCUGCCAGUCCUGAAAUAAGGACCUGGGUCCCACGCCUGGGCCAGAUCUCUGGCAGGGUCCCUGCACUCCGGAGCUGCUAUGUAAGGUUGACCCGCCAUCCUGCUUUGCCCGGACUUUCGUGCUGUGGCAUGGGAAACCUCUCACUCAGACAUUCAGGCACGGUUGGUUCUGUGGGUGACAGCCAAAGUCAGCUUUCACCCACUCAAGGAGUUCCUAAUCUGUGCUCAGGGGAUGGCCAUGCAGGGCGGAGCUCCUAACGAGGGAGGGUUCAAUCCCUGGUGGAACACAAGAUCUGCCAGUCAGCUAUCUUCUACACCCAGCUGGGAGACUUCAGGGAGUCCUCAUUGCACGCUAGCCAGAGGAGGCAGGCAGCUCUCAGUCUGCACUGGGACCCCUGUCUGGCCCCUCACUAUUGUUUCCUUUGCUGUCAGCCCACACAGUGCUGGGACAUGCUGAGCUCCUCCAGGAGGCUGGUGAGACCCCACUGCUCUGCAGGGCCCCUUUCUGAUGUCCUCACAGUGGUCCCCCUCGCUGUGGAGAACCUGAAGUCUGAGUCACUGGAGGAGCUGAUGCUGUAGUCAGCAGUGCCAGUCCUCUGGCUUUCCAUGCCCACCACAUUCACAGCAGAGGUGACUUGCUGGCAUUUGGAAUUCAGGCUGAAUUCCAGCAUACCGGUUAGGGGCAAGGGCCUGGCCAGCUGAGACUUCUUCAUGGGAGAAGUUGGGGGUAUGCUCCUGCCCCCUCCCCCC